GAUUAUUAUGCUUUAAAAUUCGAGCUCUAGUCAUUGCAGUAGGUACUACACCAUAGGUCCAAAAAGAGCUGCAGUGCGCUACUUAAUAUGUUAUACAAAGACUGAAAGACGAGAUAUUUAGAUAUAUAAUACAUUGUACAUAUUAUUAUCAAUAUUACCCAAUUUGCAUUUUCCCCUAUUAUCAAUUAUUAUCAACAUUAUCAUUGGCGCUUGUGUGUGUACUAUAGUUUAGUUUUAGUCUGAAUUCACAAGUCUUCAUUGGUCUCUGCGAUUUCGUGUUAAAGUUUAAAAAUUUAAAUUAAAAAAGACAACGAUCCUUUAGGAAAAAUUUUAAUUUUCCACAUCACACCCCUUAUCGAUUCCAAAUGGACAGUGCAGUAACAACGGUGAGGUAUGAAGAUUAUGUCGAGUAUUUUCUGUUCGUCCGAUCGGACAAUAGCGAAGAGGAUGCCGAAGAACUGGUGAAACACAUUAACCAUUUGAACACUAAGGCAUUGGAGUUGGUUGACCGGCUGUCCGAAGAGUAUAUAUGGCAUAAGGACAAGUUCAAUUUGAUACCUCGGUUUUGUCCAUCAGCGGAACUGCGACAGUCAUUCUCCGAUACUUCAGAUGAAGUAUUACCGCCACAUCUGUAUGGUGUAACUCACUAUGGUGAUAAUAUUGAAGACGAAUGGUUCAUUGUAUACUUGCUGAAAGAGAUUACAAAGGAAUAUCCUGAACUGAUUGCUCGUGUCAUAGAUUCGGAUGGGGAAUUUCUAUUGAUAGAGGCUGCAGAGUGUUUACCAAAUUGGGCAAAUCCCGACAACUGCGAUCAGAGGGUCUACAUAAGUGAAGGUGAUGUUCAUAUUAUCCCAUUGGUUAGUGCAAAUAGUAGAAAAUCAAUUACUGUUUCACAAGCAUUGGAACAGAUCACUAAGUAUCCUACUGCCACUGUAGCUUCACCAGAAGUCAACUCUGCAAUAUCAUCGCGUUUGCAUGGGUAUCCUGGUAAAAUUAAAGAAAAUCUCCAUUGUUGUCAUGCUUAUUUACCUGUAGGUGUAGCCUAUUUAUUAAAACACCAACCUAGUUUAAUAGCACCAGCCGUAUUAGCAUUUUGUCAUAGAGAUAUGUUGGACAUUAAAGCAUGUCAAACAAUGAAACAUUUUCCUCCUAAAGAUAGAGUAAUGUGCGCUGUGACCAUGACCAAAUGUUUGUAUGCUAUGCUUAUAAAACAAAAAUGCGUUCCUGAAAAGAGAACUGGUUGGGAUUUAGUUGACCCAUCAGACUCUCUCUAUAAAGCACAAAUUACAGGAGUAAGAAUAGCUUGUGGAUUUGAAAUAUUAGUUAGUCAAGCAAAAUCAACUGUCACAGAUACACCUGUGGAUUUGACCUAUGACAAACGUUGGCAUCAUUACAAAUCUUCGUUAGCAGAUAAAGGAUAUUUUAAAAAUUUAUAUGAAGGUUCAAAUGGGUAUAAAGUAUUAGAAGAUCAAGCUAAGCAAUAUUACCUAUCAAAUGUAGAUGAAUAUUUAUCAUCUCCAUCAAUUAGUCAAAGAAUUAAAAAUAUUUUAGAUGGUAUUACUGAACAAGAAUUAGUACAGCUAAAAAGUAGUACUUUAGAUCUAAAACCAGCUGAUGAUGAAAAGUGGUUAGAUGUAUCACCAUCUGAUUUAGAUCGUAUUCUCGAACAAAAGUUUGGGUUGAAAAAUUCUGAGCAAUCUUCAGCAUCAGAUUUUGCUUCAUCUUUUACUGAUAAGAUUAGAAGUUUUUUGAAUCAAGCAUCUGAUAUAAAUGGAGCAGAUUUUUCUAAAAAUCAUCUUAGUGAUGAUUCUGAUGAUUCCGAUGACGAAGAUAAACCUAAUGAUGAUAAACUUUCCAACUUACUAGUUUGUGGACCAGACGUAAUGCGACCAUCAAACGAUGAUAAAGAUGCGGUAGCUGUUAGAUACAAAAAAAAUAAAAAUAAAAAAAGUAGUGUGAAUUUUGAACCUGAAAAAUAUGAAGCUGCACUCAGAAGUAUUUUAGAUUUUAAAAUUCCUGAUGACAAUUGGGAUGAGUCAAACAGUUCUGACAUGGAUUCAUAUGGUAGCGAUUGUGAUGACAUGAUGACAGGAAGUCAGGCUGAUCCUAGCAUAGCUAGUUAUAUGGCUCAAAUGGAUAAAGAACUUGCAUCUACAUCUUUAGGGAGUAGUUUUGUAAAAAAACCUACAAGUGACAAUAAUAAACAAAAAAAAACUGUUAGAAUAGACCCUAAUGUCCAAUGUCAAGACAGUGAAGAAGAUAAUUUCUCUGACGUGGAAGAUUUUGAACCUGUUGACAUAGACGUGAACGCUUUUCAACACAUUCUCAAAUCAUAUCAAGAACAGCUUGGUUUACCAGGACCUGCUGGCAACCUUUUAGGGCCAGCUGGUCUGAAUCUAGGCAAAGAUUCUUCCAAAUAAUUUUUUAAAUUUUAAAGUACAAUUCACAUUCUUAUCUUUAAAUAUACAAUUUUUUUUAUAUAUAUUUAUAAUUUACUAUAUAGUUAUUACAAAUAAAAUAAUUCCACAUAUUUUAUAUCUUUUAAUUUAGGUAAACGUUUCAUUAUAAUAAAAUUUUGAAUUACAAAAAAUUCAACUUUUUGACGUCAUAUAAAUAAUUACCAGGGUUGGUUUUUAUAGCACUUAAAAUUGCAUAAAUAUGCACUAUAAUAUGAUCUUAAAUAUUGCUAAAUAUGCACUGAAAACAUGCAAAAAAAGGAAAACUUACCAGUAGAAAUCGACAAAAAAGUCCCAACAAAAUAAGCAGAUAACAAAAAUUAAAUUCAAAUAUCUGAUUUGAAAUCUUCGUAAUAGUAUAUUAUACCUAUAAUCUAUUUAAUAUUAUCGCUGUAAUUGCACAGUGUUGUAGCAUAAUCGGCCUGUUUACUUAAUUUGUACAUUUACAAUUUACUUGAUAAUCUGAUAGACAAAAAUCUAAAACCACGUUUUGGUGAAAUAUAAUUUCAUAAAAUAAGACCGAUUUCGAUUCAAAAGACAGGUAAAAUACCAUUAUAAAUUAAAAAACCACAAAAUAUGCAAAAAUAAGCAAAAUAAAAUUUUUAAUUUGAGUUCUCUGUAUAAUGAAACACAUUUUUAGUUUACUCUGCUAUUUUUCAAGCUACUCAUAAGAAAUAUGCAAAUGCUAUAAAAUCCCAACCAUAGUAAUUACUAUCUUUUAAAAACCAUGAUAAUGUUUAUUUACUCUAGUCGUGAUUUAUUAUGUCAUAUUAUGUAUAAAUAAAAUCUUAAACUAAUUUUA